UUACUGCCCUCUUCUUAAGAAGUCAGCCUUCCCUGCCCAAUGUAGACAACUUGUAUUAAGGGUCAAGAUGGUCUAAAAUCUUAAUUUGAAAAAUAUCAUGUGAUUUUCCUGUUUCUUAAUGGCUGAUUAAAUUGUGUACUUAUUAUUUUGUGUUAUUAUUAUUUUAAUGUUUUUUGCUUCAAUUUCAUUGAACUAUUAUAUUCACUGAAGACUAUAAAUGGUUUGUGAUGAUGCUAGUGAACUUCCUGUUAUAAAUGUGAAAAAACAGUUAAACAUUUCUGUGUCAAUGUUGAUUUUUGAUUCAGGUAAAUCAGUAGUUACACUUAUGACCUCUAUUUUAGCAAUGCUGCCUAGCUAGAGAGUUCUUUCUGUGGCUUUGCUUGUUUUGUCAUUCUUCACUAAUAACUAAUCCUCAGAUGUGCUGUUAUGCAUCAUACUUUUUAGCUCCUGUGCUUCAGGGUAUUUGGUCAUUUGCAUUCUAUGUAUAUUUAGUUUUUGUUUGUAAAGGUUUUUUUAUUCAAGUGCUUUGGGCAUUUUCAGCUUUUGUUUACAAAUGGAGUGACAGGGUGGUAGUUAUGACAAGUUAAGACCCUGAGAUCAUACAAUGUAAUUAUGUUGCUCAGGAAACAGCCACAUGAGAAACUGUUGUGCUAUUUCUCUUGUAUGACAAUCAGGAAGACAAUACCCAUCCUGAAAAAUCUGUAUGGUACUGUAUCGUAAUUCUUCUCUAUAGUCUUGUCUCCUUACAUAUGUUCUCUUGAAGAUUUGCAUUACAAAUGGAUGAGAUACUGCUGAACAAACAGAAAUGCCCCCAACCUCCAGUAGAUUUUUAAUCAUCAGUGAAUUUUUUUAAUUUAUUUUUUCCCUGCAGAUGUGGUAAUCUUUUAAAGAGAACUCUGAGGUUUAUGUUUAUCCCUGAAUGCUCCUGCGUUAUCUGUAAAGUAAUGAGAUUGAACUGCCCCAGUGUUGUUCUCAUUUCUUCUUUUACAUAUCUUGUCUUACGCUUCUGGUUUUUUUCUUGGAGCCAACAGAAGCAUUCCUAUUCCCUUAGCCAGUUGAAGUCCUCAUAGUCUGAAUUUUGCCAAUCAUGUAAAAUGACAGCAUUUUUGAAAAGCAGUGGCAAAAGCGUUUGCUAUAUCCUGUUUAUGUCAUAUCUCUACAGUAUAUGUACUGUCCAGCUGAAAUGUGCUUAUGCAUCUUUUAAGAUUCAAUGAGUUUUUUUCUUAAGACAUGGUAAUAUGAUAAUUUUGCAUUAUAGGUAUCAAUAUAUUUAAUGGUCACAAUUUAUGUUGAACCUUCUAAGAAUAUUUGUUCUGAAGUUUUGUUGAACAGAUGUUUCGUACCAUUUCUAAGAUACAAAGAUUUCUGCUCUUUGCGCAGGCAGCUCAAAGAAGUGGUCUGUGUCCAGACAUGACUGUGCUCCUAUUUCUGUUACUCUGUUAGAAAUUGUCAGGGAAUAGUCAUACUGCAGACUUAAUUAAAUUUCUCUCUGUGUCCUCUUUGGAGUUAUUAUAACCCUACUAUUCUUUUUGAUCAAAAUAGCAGUGAUCUACUAGAUCAUCAAAGCAAAAGACAUUUUAGCAUCAUUCUGUCUUUAAAAUACACCAUUAUAAUUUGCAAAUCAAGUAAUGCCAUGGCAUAUUUGCAAGAAUCAAAAGAAAUGGGAAAGUUUAUAUUCUUAUAAAAGUGAGUGUUUUCGAACAGUGUUCCUUGACUUGAAAUCUUAGUGCUCUUUUUUCUUUUUGUGUGUUUGUCUCUCACUGAGUGCUUUUGUCAGUCAGAUAACUGAUGUGAAUACUCAUUCAGUAAACUCUCUUUUUGUCUCUAGGGUAGGGAAAUGAAGGAGGCAGAGAAGUAUGGGAUCUAAGUGUUAAGAAAUCAACUCUCAUCAAAGAGUGAAUGAAUGCCAGGUAUCCAGACACUCAAAAGAGAACAGUGGUUACUCCCAGUGACUGAUAAUUAGAUAGGACUAAGGCUCAUAUAAGAAGCUACAAUUUCCUCAUGAAGCCAUCUUGUGGCUUUCUGGGAAUUUACCACUUGGGGGCAGCAGCUGCUUUUUACAGGCAUGGUAAGAAGUUACUGACAGAUGUGAAAGCUUUUGCGGGAGCUUCUGCGGGAUCUCUGACUGCUGCUGUCUUGUUAGCAGUGCCAGAAAAUAUAGAGCAAUGUAAGCACUUUGCCUAUGGAUUUGCAGAGGAAGUCAGAAAACUGAACUUCGGUGCUGUAACACCUGGUUAUGAUUUUAUGAAAACACUUAGGGAGGGCAUAGAGUCUAUUCUUCCUGCUAAUGUUCAUGAGAUAGCUGAGAACCGGCUCUAUGUGUCAGUCACUAACUCAAAAAGUGGGGAAAAUCGCUUGGUUUCAAAUUUUUCCUCCAGGGAGGACCUCAUUAAGGUCCUGCUAGCAAGUAGCUUUAUACCACUAUAUGCAGGAAUUAAGCCAGUGGAAUAUAAAGGAGAGAAGUGGGUUGAUGGUGGUCUUACCAAUGGCCUUCCUAUCUUGCCUUUUGGAAGAACUGUGACGAUUUCUCCUUUCAGCGGUCGAUUGGAUAUCUGUCCACAAGAUAAAGGACGUGUGGAUCUUUAUGUUAAAUUAGCAAAACAAGAUAUGAUGCUGUCACUGGCCAACCUGGUAAGACUUAAUCAAGCUUUGUUCCCACCAGACCAGGAGAAAAUGGAAUCAUUGUACCAAAAUGGCUUUGACGAUGCUGUACGUUUUUUGUUGAAAGAAAACUGGUUUGAAUAGAUGGCACAUAAAAAAGUAGUGAGACAUGAUGGCUGUCAAAACACAGCUACAGGCUUCAUGGAGAAUCUCAGGGAUUGCUGCCUCGGUUGGUGUUUGUGAAAAUAAAAAUCCUAAUGGACUUGAAUCUGCUUCUGCUGAGAAGGUAUCAGUUGCACUCCAAAGAACUGUAUAAACAUCUCAGAAUGGAAAUAGUGCUUGCCUGGUGGAUGUCUUGUUUUGAGGAGGUUCCACUUAGAUUCAUUUUGCUUCAGCUGGGGAUUUCAGUGGGGGAUUUGUAAAAUUAUCAUAAUAACAGAAAUUUGGAAAAGUCUUUUUCAAUAUUAUUUCAGAGACAAAUUGAUGUCAUAUCAUGAAAAAUUACAAUCUAUAUUAUUCACUUAACAUACUUGUGAGUAGUAAUUGGAUGCUCUCAAUGUUACUGAUCUAAAGCAUUUCCUGCAGUGUUCUAAAGGACUUGAAGAUUAAGCACUAGCCACAAAAAAUAAAACAUUUGCACUCUUAUUUUGUGUACUUUUUCACAUUAAAAGUUCUUAAUUUUUCAGUGAAUAUGUUCUUUUAAAAUUUGAAACACUGAAAUUUGUAGCAGAAGUGUGAUAUAAAAAUAACUUGUAAAGAAGGGUGUAAGAAGUUGUCGUAUUUAUUACGUUUUCUUCCUCUGCCAAAAUUGAAUAAAUAUAUUUUCUUGA